AUGGCAUCUGUGUUCCAAAGUGUCGGGGCUACAAUUGGCUGGAGGAGCCACCAGCUACUGGCUGACUUUGAAAAUGAGAGCCCAGUGCCUGACAAAUUUAGAAAGAAGCCUUCUUCAAGCUCUCUCAAUACCUUCCGCAUGUCUCUGAGAAAGCGAAUGCCCUUAAAGCAAGUGGAGAUGAACCUCAGUGAGAAUCCAACUUGGGAAAGUCUGGAAGCGAAAGAGAAGCGACAAACCUUCCGGGCUAUCACAAGAACAGCAAAAAAUGCCUUUGGAACAGUGUCCCAGAAAAUACAGAAGUCCUGCCAAAACCGCACGCAAUCUCUAAUCAUCUCUCCAGCUAAAGCCCCUGCAAGGACAAGUGGCAUCACUUGCUCUGCCAAGAAGAGAAGCACUUCACCUCGAACUCCUAGUCGGAAGAAUAGGCUGGCCACAAUGCCCACCCCAUUGUCUGGUCCCACUUGCACCCCCGGGUCCAGCAGGAGAGCCUCCCUUUCAUCCAGAUCUGCAAAGAGCUUGGUGGGGAAAGAAUGGAGGAGUUUCUCUUACUGGCUUGGAAAAGAAGCUGUCCCUCUCCGGAGAUCAAGGAGAGCAGCAGCUCUAAAGAGCCCAUAUUCAUCACCUAUGCCUGCCAGCAGAAAGAGAGAGUUUGACUGCGAGUUAGAAUCAGUCUCUAUGGGAAUUCGCCGGCUGAAACGUCUUUCUCAGGUGUUCGAUGAUGUCAUUGUGAGAGAGGAGAGAGAACAAGCGAUAUCCAAUUAUCAGCAUCUAAUGGCACAAAACUUGCGAUCUGUGCAUCGGUCUCAGAAACUCUCCCAAUCUGCUUUCAGACGGCGUGCGAGGAGGCUGCAGCAUGCAGUUGGCACUUGGACUGAGAUGGCUUUAAACAGUAUUAACAAUGUGUGA